AUGCAGAACCUAGAUCUGCUGUUUAGAGCGCUGGGACUAGGCCAACCACAGCUUAAAGACGGGUUAGCAUCCAAAACCCAUGUAGACCUAUAUGAUUAUGGCCUUAGCGGGCAACAAGGUAUGAUGCCCAACGGAUUCAUUUUCCUACUCAGUACUUUCCCUCGCGAUGAAUUGACCGAUAUGUGUUUAGGAGCGGAGGUUGUAUUGCAACAAAUCAGACUUACACCCUAUAUCACACAUAUCAACCUGGGACACAAUCCGCUCGGCGACUUGGGCUUAUCAAUGAUCAUUGACUUCCUAUGUCUGAACCGGCACUUGGACAUCGAGGAGCUCAAUCUAAACGGCUGCGGCAUCAACGAUCUUGGCCUCAGUAUCAUUUCGCGUUACAUUCAAGAUAAUACAGCGUUGAGAAGACUGUGUUUGGGGGGUAACAACAUAUCAGGUUCUAGCACGUCGACCAAAGCCUUCGCCGCCGCCCUGAACCGUUCCCGGGUUCAGGUGGUAACCUUGGCCAAUAACGAGAGGCUAUCGGACAAGUUUAUUGUCCAUUUUUUGGGUCAUUUGAAUGCCCCGUAUCUCCGAGAGCUUCAUCUCUCCAGAGCGGGACUCACUAGAUCCUCAUUGCCGGCACUGAACAAGUACCUCACAUCUCCAGCUUGUUACGGCCUACGAGGUCUUCACCUCAAUGCAAACCAUCUCUCAAAUAAAGGACUAAAAGGUUUGAUUGAAAGCCUUUUGGCGGGAAAUACCACUUUAUACAGAAUGGAGGUAUUCGCUAAUAGCAUGAAGACCGACGGAGUAGAAUCAAGAGAUGAUUCGUCGCUUCCAGAGAUCGCCUCGGCUGCACUUCAACUCGCGUUGGAGCGCAAUGCUGUGAGGCUUAGAAGGGUAGAAUACGAAUCGAGAGAACUUUUGGUCAUAGCGAGAACGCUGCUCCUCGUCCGUGAGCCCCAAACGCGACAGCCAGUACAUAAUCCGUCGGCAUUUCCGUGGCGGCGAUUGGUACCUGAACUCCAACACUAUAUCCUGCGAUUCUUGCAUGUCACACUAUCUGACGCGCAACACAUCCGCAUUUGCAAUUACGCGUCCAGUAUAACCACUCUACCAGUUCUCUUUUCGAACCAUGUCGAUAAAUCGAAGCGUAGGCACGAGUGGAUCGAAGACUACUUGCUCGCUGUGGGCUGCAAUAGAUUUGAAGGACGGCUACUGGCAUAG